CCCAGAACCAAAUCCGUUUUACGAUGGCUUCCCGGGAGUUUCUCUUGAUUCUCAUGCCCUGGACCCCUCCAGCCGAGUGGGUUUCCGGUGUGAUUGAUUCCAUUCCCAACAUCCGCAUCGAAAUCUUCCAGAUCGAUAGGAGCGCCGCCGAGCUACCCGCAGAGAUCUCCCUAGAAGUUUGGAAAGAUGUUACGUCGCUUUUCACCUGGAAGCUUUUCCCGACCAAGGAGCUGGCUCCGAACCUACGAUACGUGCAACUCUUGAGUGCCGGUUGCAAUCACGCGAACGAGCUGCCACUGUUCCAGGAGCCCGAGGUCGCUUUAUGUACGGCCAACGGGGUUCAUCCACCCCAAAUUACAGAAUGGGUCUUCAUGACCUUCCUGGCCUUCCAGCACCACCUCCCGCAGUAUCUUAAAUACCAGAAAGUGGGCAAAUGGGUGGAUCCCGUAUCCGACGAAGACACUGAGGAUGCAGUUGGCCUGAGAGUUGGAAUCAUGGGCUACGGGAGCAUCGGCCGUCAAUGCGCCCGAGUAGCCAAAGCAUUUGGCAUGGACGUCCACGCUUUCACCAUGCGUCCCCGAGCAACGCUCGCUUCUCGAAAAGCGGAUACCUUCAGCGAGCCAGGCCUGGGCGAUGCCGUGGGCGAAUUCCCCUCGAGAUGGUUCUGGGGGAAAGAUCAACUGAAUGGGUUCCUUAGUUCGGAUCUGGACUUGCUCGUGAUCACGGUGCCACUGACUCGAGAGACACGAGGCAUCAUCUCGCGGGAACAGUUUGCGCUACUCAGUAAGAAGAAGACGUACGUCAGUAACAUUGCACGGGGAGCGGUCAUCAAUACCGAGGAUCUGGUGGCUGCUCUGGAAGGGGGUCAAAUUCGAGGGGCGGCACUGGAUGUCACGGAUCCGGAGCCCCUGCCGGCAGAUCACAAGUUGUGGGGAUUCAAAAACGUCAUCAUCACGCCGCAUUGUAGUGGGAACUCGACCCAUUACAACGAGCGUGCUUUGAAGAUCCUGGCGAGUAAUCUUGAGCGACGGGCUCACGGGAAGGGGCUCAUCAAUCAGGUGGAUAAAGCCUUGGGGUAUUGAUCUUGCUCGUUCCGAGUCAGAGGAGCGGCUAGAGUAGGGAGUAUGUACCUAAUGAGUAUGAGUCAAGCACGUGAUCAUGUGUACAGGCCUCA